CUGACGUUAAACAAGCAUUGUUAUCAAUUCAAUAAUAAUCUUUACAUUGCUCCAGUAAUGCCCUUGGCGGCACAGUGAUCGAACGCGUGUUUUUAUCCGUAAUUUUAAUCGAUUUAUUUAAAGCAAUUUUCUAUAAUAAUGCAAGAAUUUAAGCCUACAGAACAUCAGCAUGUUCGCUACAACCCCUUAAAAGAUGAAUGGGUGCUCGUCUCCCCUCAUCGUUGUCUCCGACCCUGGAGUGGACAGACUGAGGCGGCUCCUGAUGAUCAGCCACCUGAUCCAUUGAAUCCUUUACUACCAGGAGCCACACGGUCUAGUGGGCAGCGUAAUCCGAACUAUACGUCAACAUACGUGUUCCCCAAUGACUUCCCGGCGUUACUGGAGCGCGUGCCGGAUCCACCUCCGUCUGAACACCCACUCUUUAGGUCCUCAGCUGCUAAGGGAACCUGCAGAGUGAUGUGUUUCCAUCCCGACUCUACAAUGACCAUACCAUUGAUGACUGUCGACGAGAUUCUAGCGGUUGUUAACGAGUGGGUGAACCAGCUUAAAGAGUUGGGUCGCAAGUACACGUGGGUGCAAAUCUUUGAGAACAAGGGCGCUAUCAUGGGGUGCUCCAACCCGCACCCCCACUGUCAGAUAUGGGCGUCCAGCUACUUACCAAAUGAGCCUCGAGUGAAAGAGAGAUGCCAGAAGGAGUAUUUUAUCAAGUUCAAACGUCCAUUGCUGCUCGAUUAUUUGAAAGAAGAAAUGGUCAAGAAGGAACGUGUAGUAAUCCAGAACGCAGAAUGGGUAGCGCUAGUCCCAUACUGGGCGGUAUGGCCGUAUGAGACCAUGCUUCUACCAAUAAAUGGAAAGCCGCAGCGAAUGACAGACCUCACUGACGAACAGAAACGAUCGCUAGCGGAGAUCAUGAAGCAGCUGAAUAUUAGAUAUGAUAAUCUGUUUAAAUGCAGCUUCCCUUAUAGUAUGGGAUUUCAUGGCGCUCCAACAGGUCCAUCGGCUGCCCCAGGCGACUCCCCCCACUGGCUUCUGCACGCCAUCUACCUACCGCCUCUACUUAGAUCGGCAACUGUCAAAAAGUUUAUGGUCGGAUAUGAAAUGUUAGCGCAGUCUCAACGAGAUUUAACGCCUGAACAGGCCGCUCAGAAACUGAGGGAGUGUGAUGAUGUACAUUAUAAAGCAAAGAAAUAGAUGUUGUUUAUCUCUAGCGCGUUUCGCGGCGCCCUACUGUAAUCUAGGACACUAGUCACGCGCCUAGCUUGCCUUAAGGAUUACGGCUAUGCUGAAAGUUGUAUGUUUAGAAUAAAUAAUUUUUUGUGAAAUAGUGAAUACAUUUUAUAUUUUUAUAUAGGUAUCUUAUUAUUGAAAGUAUAGAAGUUCAGAUUUAAAUCAAUGAAAGUCAAAAUAGUAGGUAUUUUAUGUUGAACAAACACGUUACUUUUUUUAGUUGUAAAAUAUUUUUAAGUCAGUUAAUAAAAUGUUCUGUUAAAAUG